AAAGGAGACGACGCGGCGCUGAUCCGAUCGCGAUCGAGAGGGCGAAUCGUGCAGUUGGAUCACGCAGCAGAGCGCGAUCGAGCGAGUGACCAAGCCGUCGCAUCGCGUCGAGCAUUCAUCGAGAGCGAUCGAUCGAGAGGGCGCGGCCGCAGCAGCUAGCGGCGGCGGCGUUUAUUGGUGCCGCCAGCGCGCGGCCACACACAGGGCCAUGGCUGGCGCCGCGUUCUUCCCGGCUGCCGUCGUUUUGUCCCUCCUCGGCGCUGCCACUCUCUUGGUGGGCUCCGCGUCGGCGGCGUGGCAUGCGCAGGUGUUCGUGGUCGGCGGCGAGGCCAGGGGGUGGAGGAAGCCGACGGCGCCCAACGAGGAGAGCUACAACCACUGGGCCGUCAGGAACCGCUUCCACGUCGGCGACUUCCUCCAUUUCAAGUACGACAUGAACGACUCGGUGCUGGUGGUGACCCGGGACGCGUACCAGCUCUGCGUGGUGGACAGGCCGACGAUGCGGUUCGACGGCGGGGACACCAGGUUCCGGCUGGACCACAGCAGCUUCUUCUACUUCAUCAGCGGCGCGGAAGGCCACUGCGACGCGGGGCAGCGGAUGACCCUGCGCGUCAUGGUGCCGCAGCAGGAUCAGGGCAGCAGCAAGCCCGAAGCCCCGGCCAAGGCGCCCGCCGCGAUGUCGCCCGGUGGCGAGGAGGACGAAGGUGGGACGUACGAUCCUCCUCCCGGCGCUCGUCGUCCUUCCCCGCCAGGGUCCGCCGGCGCGUUUCCUGGCUCGGGCUCCUCCGUGUCCAGGCCGCCGCCGCCGCACGUGGCCGCUGGUGCCGUUGGGAAUAAGACCAGCGCCGCUGGGUCUACGAACGACGCGUCGUCGUCGUCGCCGCCGUCGAUCCGAGGGCAUCGCGUCGUCCAUGGGGUUGUCGCUCUGGCCGCGCUUCUGCUGCUCUUGCCCGCUUGAGAUGCAUAUGGGGUCAUGUAUGCGUAUCGCGCAUGGUAGGCAUUAUUAGCUAGGAAAUCGUUCGAUCGCUUGUCAGGUCUCACUGGGUGUUACGGCACUAAAUGUUGCACAAUUGGCGUAACUCGUCGUUUAACUGGUUACUAUAUAUAUGCUGUGUCGUCAUCACAGAUGUCUAAUUUGUCUUCACCAGAUUCAGCAAAUGUAAUCUGAUUUUUUUC